GUCUGAAGGACGGAGAUAUUGCGAUUGAGAGAACGAGCGUACUUGUAGCAGCUGGUGAAAUGCAAUAGCAAUAUCACUAGCUCCUGGCCUGCUCAGUGAAUAUCAAUUUUCUUUCGAAGUUUCAACUGAUUGUUGCAGGUGACCCAUCGCCCCCCCCUGAAACUGAGUAUUAGCAUUAGGUUCUCCAGUUGAAUCAAUUGGUGACGAACCUGACUUGAUGUAUACGUCUCUGGUAAUAAAUAAAGAAAAAGAAAUAGACUUUACCCGCGAAAAGCAAGCGCAAAGCAUUAAACGUCGAAGCAAGUCGUCCUCCACUGCUAAAAACAAAGUUUUGUCUCAGCUUUACUACAUUCAUUUUCAAGAGUGUUGUUACGACAAGCUUUCAACUUCAUUACGAGAAUUUCUCCAUCGGUCCUCGGUUCCUCGCGGUCGUUGUAUAUACGAGUUGUGCGACGCCCUGGUCCUAUUGAUAUUACCGAUCAUCGAUUCCACCGACUAUCCAUCGGACAUACAUACAACUUUUGGAUGACUGGUUACUUAGCACGGAGGAAAUACUGAAUGGACAGCGCAACUCUUCUUUUCUCGCGGAGCACCAGUAGUUUAUCCCUACCUGAUGGCGUGUUGCUGUGCGUCUAGCCCAUCAAAGAGUCGUGGCAACGACCGUGGACCAGACCCCCGCGCAAGCACGAACAUGAGCGAAUCCCCGGGCAAGCGGUCGUCCCAGGGGUCGGCCGGGAUCGGCGGCCAGAUACGGGACAGCACGGUGGAAAGGAGAAGGAGCAGCCGGGAGCUGCAGACCCUGCCCUCCAAUCCGUCACUAACCAAAAACCCGGCGUCGGUGAUGUCAAGGGCGCAUGACCCAAAUAUCAAGCUCGAGCACGAGUACAACUUUGAAAAGCAGAACGUGCUCGGCACCGGAUUCUGUGGGAGCGUAAUAAUGGGACGAAACAAGGUCACAAACGAACACGUGGCCAUAAAGAGUUUGACAAAAAAUAACCUCGCUUCAGCAGAUGAGACACAAGAGGAAGUCAUAGCGCGGGUAAGGGCGGAGUGCGAAAUUUAUCUCAACUGCGACCACCCAAAUAUCGUCCGGCUACGUGAUAUGUACGAAACAGAAGAGACAAUAUACCUGGUAAAAGACUACAACUUUUUUACUUUUUCAUUUGUUUCAUCAUAAGAAUGAAAGUACUCGUGGUGCCACACUUGCACAUGCAUCCAUCAGCAGCUUGAAUCGCCUGAUUCAAGAUACGAAGCAUGACUGCUUCAACAUCUCUUGCUCUUCGGGUUUCAUUCACAGGUAUGCGACUGUUGUACCGGCGGCGAGCUGUACGACCGACUUUUGAAACGGGGACAGUACAACGAGCGCGCGGCCGCGGCUGCGACAAGGGGUAUGCUCCUUGCUGUGAGCUACAUACACAACACCAUGAACAUCGUGCAUCGAGAUCUGAAGCUGCAAAACUGGCUCUACCCAAGUCCAGAAUCAGCCGACGACGAGGUCAAGCUUAUCGACUUCGGGUUUUCAAAGGUACUUAAAGUGAAAACAAAGAUUUUGAACAAGCACGGGAACUAAUUUUGGUUUUGUUUGUUUUUAGUUUGAACGCCACUGCUACAUGCGGAAAAACAAAAACACUACUUACAAAUGAAUCCCCACCUCUCCACUGCAGGUUCUUGAUCCGCACAAAAAGAUGGUAGUGACUGCCGGCACGGUUGAGUACCUCGCUCCCGAGCUUUUGGCGCACCAGUCAGAAAUCACUUACGCCGGCGACCUGUGGGCGGUCGGAGUCAUCGUGUUUAUGCUUCUCGGAGGGUAUCCGCCCUUCAGCGGAAAGACAAACGCAGAAAUCAUUCAAGCCAUUAGGAAAAACCAAAUCAAGUGGUACCGCAGCAGGUUUGAAAAGGUACGAUCAUUUUUCUAAUGUUUUUUUGUAUCCGUAUUGGUAUUUUUGAUAUUUUGAUCACCAUACAGCUGAGGAUAAUGUACGCGGCUUCCGCGUCAAAGAUUAACUGCAACGAAACACGGCACCGAUUCCAUUAUUUAUACUUACCAUUUACAUCAUCCAAUUUCAACCGCGUUUUUCUUUCAGGUUUCCGACAUGGCAAAGGUGUUUGUCAUGGGGCUUCUUGAGAAAGACCCGGCAAAGCGUUUUACCGCGAGAAAAGCAUUGGAAUCCUCCUGGAUCAAGCAGCUAGACCAGGACAGCAGGGAACAUCCCGAACACCUCCUCGAUGGUGACAUACUGAACGCACUGGCCACCUUUCGACAGAAGACCGCUUUGGAAAAGGCAACGGCGAUGAUUAUGGUGCAGUGCCUACCCCGGGCGGACGUCGCCGCGAUGGAAAAGAUUUUCUUGUCCCUCGACAAAACAAGGGAAGGGUCAGUACAGCUGUGGGAGUUGAAGCAGGCGCUCCAACAAGCCUUCCAGAAGAACAGUAUCUUUAUUCUCUUUUAUUUUCAUUGUUGACGGACGACCACGACGCCGUUCGGGUUUGCUCUUUCUGAAAAGGUGCUAAAGGAGCUGCACAUUGGUGCGUCACUGAGGCAGAUGAAGUAGUACAAUAUAUUAAUCUUCUAUAGUGAGGUGGUAGCGCCGUAGCACUAGCAGGCAGGCGCAGGGUCCCACUUCCUUGUUGACUUUUCCACUUCUAAUCGACCUUGAAACAUAGACUUAAUAUACCCAAUACAGCGAGCCUUCGGGGCGUGAAGCGGCUCUCCACGUCAGAAGGGGAUCUGAACGAAACGAUGAUCCAGGACGUGUUCGAGGAACUGGAUUUAAACGGGGACAACCACGUGUACUUCUCCGAUUUUCUCACCGCCAUCGUCUCGAAGCGGCUCACGGCGGACAACGACGACGCCCUGAUCCGGGCCACGUUUGACCGGUUCGACGUGGACAACAGCGGGGAGAUCUCCAUCUCCAACCUGCAGAACCUGUUCGGCCCGGAAUUCCGAAACGUCAAGGUCGAGGACAUGAUCAAGGAGGCGGAUCUAUCCCACAGAAAAAAGCUGGCAGGGCAUAUUUGUAAUGCAAAAAUAAGCACACACAAUGACUUGUCAUGGGUGGCCCCAUAGCAUGCUGCUUCGGAUUUGCAAUACAGAUUUUUUUGUGUAUUUAUUUUUGCAUUACAAACAUGCCCUGCUAGCUUUUUUCUGUGUGAUAGGAUCUCAACGGCGACCAGCUCAUCUCCUUCGACGAAUUCAAAUCCUUCCUGAAAGCCCGCGGGGACGUGAUCAAGUCGAACACCAGCUCUCCGAAACCCCUUGCGGGGAUCCACGAUCUGGACAACAUGGGGCCGGAGAUCGCAGUGUCCGAACUGCCCAUACCAACCGCAGACGGGAUGGUCGACGGAACCCCAAGAAAGUUGUAGGGGAUCACUCACUUUCGGCGAACGCCUGCUGCGGACAUCGUGCCAGUAAAAAAAAACUCCUACGAUAUUGAGAAAAUCCAAUACUGGUGCGAUAAGCAAACAACGAAACACAAGACCUGUAGGACGCAUGAUGUUCGAUGGCAUGCUGGUCCUGAAGAUGCUUCAACUUCUGUAUUCUCUCGGAGAACAGAAAGAAGCUCAUGCAGCUAAGCAAGUCGCGAAAACAGAGAAUAAGUAGAAUAAAGAGCUGUAAAUAGUAAGUUACAGAAAGAUGAAGGUGGACGGCACGACCGUCGUAGCGAUAGGUCUUCUAGUAAGUAUUACGUUACACGAAUCGAAAACGAAGGUAUCAUACCCAAAGAAUUUCAAACCUAUAGUUACACUAGUUGCGCAAUAGUAAACAGAUACAGAUAAUAUUAGUUACUCAAUUUGGUCACCAUGGAAGAAAGUCCGUUAUGGACUAGAGGGAGGAGUCCUCGUCGGGUAGUAAUAUCCGGAACAUUUUUCAAAAUCAGCUCGCGGAGGUCGCUUUCAAGCACCAAGGAGUAGUGAUAACACUCGGUCAAACUACUCCGACUUCCUGGAGGAAGCGUAUCAAAUGUAAAAAUGUCUGGGUCUGGAAAAAUGCCAGAUUUGUCAUGCAGAUUUUACAUGACUCAUGAGGUCUGGUAUGUAGGACAGAGCAUGACAGAUUCUGUGAGAGUUCUGUCAUGCAAGUCCUGCAUGAGAAAGGGCCUCUCGAUUAGGUCAAAAGUGGACAGCUUUUGGUAAUCAUGCAACACAGAUUUUUGCAUGCUUCAGAUUUAGCAUGACAAGUUGCAUUCUUCCAGACGAGACCCAGACAUUUUUACAUUUGAUAAAGCGCGAGGAGGACAGGCUUCGUUGCUGCACGAUGCUUCAGGUGGUCCUUCUAUGGAUGUGAUAGGAUUGAAAUCGUCAAAGUUGAAAUAAUUUCUCAUGCAUAAAAUGCAAGGCACAAAGUGCCUCUCUUGCAGGGAUGGCAAGUGAAGCCGACUGUCAGCCUGUUUGGGGUCUGCGACAGAGAUGCUAAAGCAGCAUGACAAAAGACGCCUUCUGUCCCUGAACAGCAUGACAAACUGGAUUUACACGGUGCCGAAAUUUGUCAUGCACCGCUUAGAAAUUGGGCUUCCAACUGGUAUCGAUUUUAUGCAUUACAAGUUAUUUCAACUUUGUCGAUUUCAAACCUGACACAUCCAUACGAGUUCGGUGCUAAAACUCGAUGCUGCCGCGAUUAGAACUACAAAUGCCUCGAAAUUAAACGACCCGAUGGUCGCUUACGUUCCAUCGCCACCAAAUGUACUUUAAACAUUUUGCGCUCGGCUUGGGAGCCCAGGCGGUUUUCAGCCGACGACUUUCUUGAACAAUCUCGAAUCUUCUAUGGCGCUUAUAUGUUACUUUCGUUCACCAGUAUGUCUUUUAUUGUUAUUUUUCGCAUUUUUUCUACUGGUUGUGGUACCGCUACCGACUCCCGCACACGAUCUGAAUCUCCAUGUACAGGCGGACCAAUAUCCAACGACAUGAAACACAACUUACGCGUGCUCCUCUAACGUAGUAAUUUUGUACACCAAGAAAGCAAUAGCGAGAAUAUGUCCCAACGAAAUGCGGGCGAUAAAGCGAGG